AUGAGGAUUUUCAGGAAGGUAUGGAUGGUCAUAUGGCUCUCAUUUGCAUCAACUGUACUGUCGGCCGUUGUAGAGCCCUCCGGCUUCUCAGCCAAGGUGGACAAUGUGCACUAUUUCGUCUCACCGUUCCCAGCAGGCCUGGCGUAUAAUGGCUCUCUGCAAGCAAUGCGCCCUCGAGCGCAUCUCGGAUUUGUUCCUGUGACGGUCGUUUCUGAGCCAGAGAAAGACAUGGAAGCGCUAUUCAGGAACUGGACCAUGAAGGACGAUGUUUGGCAGCCAGGGUUCCUAGACACCGUGCUCCUGGAUGGCGGCAACGGUACUAGGAAGGUGUCAUAUUAUCCUGACCAGGACUCGACAGUGAUAACUCUCCAUGAUGGUGACAAUAUACCUUCAGGACCUUAUUUCCUCGACAUAUCCACUGGAGCUGCCCACCAAGUAUACCGACUAUAUGAUGAUUUCUCUGGAGCCUUCACCCAGUCCCUGCUACAGAGACCAGAUGGACACUUUGAAACCCUGUCAGCACAGGUACCCUCUGCAGCAUCUUUAACGUUGGGCGUCCCCUCACGGCUUUACUUCCCACAGACAGAGGAGAAACCUCUAGCUGGCGUCCGCAUCGGUGUGAAAGAUAUUUACGCCCUUGCUGGAGUAAAACGGUCCAACAGCAAUCGCGCCUGGUACGGGCUAUACCCGCCUGAGAACCAAACUGCUCCAGCAAUCCAGAGCCUGAUUGACGCUGGUGCUGUUGUCGUCGGACUUCAGAAGCUCUCGCAGUUUGCCAACGGGGCAAAAGCCACCGCGGACUGGGUCGACUACCACUCCCCCUUCAACCCUCGCGGGGACGGGUACCAGGACACCGCAUCGUCCUCUGCCGGGGCUGGUUCCUCGAUGGCAUCAUACCCCUGGCUUGAUCUGGCCGUGGGAAGCGAUACUGGAGGGUCUAUCCGGGGCCCGGCAAGCAAUCAGGGCGUGUUCGGCCAUCGGCCAUCACACGGCCUUGUAAGUCUGGAUAAUGUAAUGCCUUUAUCUCCGUCUAUGGACACCGCUGGACUUUUGGCCCGCGAUCCUGCUCUUCUGGAUAUUGCCAACGCGGCGAUGUAUCAGAGAAACUAUACCCGAUAUACUGCCAGGCACCCUCCUGCAUAUCCCAAGACCCUAUACACGCUGGACUUCCCAACAGACGACACGCCAACGUCACGGAUCCUGGCCGACUUCGCACACAAGCUUGCUCGUUUUCUCAGGACAAAUGUGACCGCUCUGGAUAUGAACGCCGAAUGGCAGCGGUCCGGGCCCAGCAGUGUCAAGGGACAGACAAUCUCGCAGCUCCUCAACCUAACCUAUACAACCCUCAUCACAAAGGACCAGGUCCGGCUUGUGCGCGACUCUUUCUAUAAAGACUACGCCGCCGUCCACAAUAACCGCCUCCCCUUCAUCGAUCCAACCUCCCUCUCCCGCUGGACCUGGGGAGCAUCGCAACCAGACUCCCUCCUCGCAGAAGCCCACACCAACAAGACCCUUUUCGCGAACUGGUUCAACAGCCAAAUCCUCCCCCCUGCCACAGAAACCUGCACUUCCGGCUUCCUCCUGCACACCGACUCGACAGGCUCCUUCAAAGCCCCCAGAAACCAAUACCUCUCCCCGGCAGCGCUUCCCUUCGGCUUCUCGAAUGGGGAGAUUUCUGUCUUUGCCGGUGUCCCUGAUACGGUCUUCCCGCUUGGUGAGAUUCCGGGGUUUAGUAAUAUUACCAACCAUGUGGAGUAUUUGCCUGUUUCUGUUGAUGUUGUGGCUGCGAGAGGGUGUGAUGGCCUUGUUGCUAGUUUGGCGAGGGAUUUGGUUAAGGACGGACUGCUUGUACAGCCGAAGACUGGGGCGAGGAUUGGUGGCGGGGAGAUAUUGCUUUAG